AUGGAUUGGGAUUCAGAAGACGAAGGCAACACAGACCCAUUUUUUGGUUUACACGAGCCUUUCUCUAGUCUUAAUGAGGUGGAUUUUGAGCUUCAUGACAUCUACAUGGAUCAUGAACCAGACGAAGAGUUCAUUACUCCAUUGGACAAGUGUAAGGAUAUAUUUCUUAAUGUGUUACUAAUUGAUGAAAAUCUUAGAAACUCUAGUUUGGCUGAUGAUGUAAGACCACAAGUGUAUCAUGGUGAUGACUUGCAAAGUGAUGAAUAUGAAGAAGAGAAAGAGCAGGUGAAAAACAAGUACAUAAUAGAUGAUGCAAAAACAAGAUGA